AUGCAUUCACCGUCACCGCCGACACCAUCACCAGCGACCCCCGCGCCUUCCACCACCCCCGCCCCGGCGCCCGCGUCUACCCUCCCGCGGAACGGUGUGCCACCGCAGACGAUCGUGAUUAAACUCGGCACAUCCUCAAUAGUACACGAAACAACCCACCAACCCCUCCUCUCCAAACUCUCCGCCAUCGUCGAAGUCGUCGUCGAUCUGAAAAGGCACGGGCAUCGCGUUGUGCUGGUUAGCUCGGGUGCGAUUGGGGUGGGGAUGAGGAGGAUGAGGAUGGAGAGGAGGCCGGGGAGUCUUGUUGGGAAACAGGCACUAGCGGCCAUCGGCCAAGGCAGACUUAUAGCGCUAUGGGAUAACCUGUUCAGCCAGCUCGAACAGCCUAUUGCGCAGAUUCUUUUGACGAGGGGGGAUAUUUCUGAUCGCACGCGGUAUUUGAACGCUGUGAACACGCUCAAUGAGCUGUUGAGUAUGGGCGUUGUGCCGAUUGUGAAUGAGAAUGAUACGGUUUCUGUUAGUGAAAUCAAAUUUGGGGACAACAAUACCCUAUCCGCUAUAACCUCCUCCAUGAUCCACGCGGACUACCUCUUCCUGUUGACGGACGUGGACGGGCUGUAUACGGCAAACCCGAGGAAGGAGCCCGGUGCGAGGAUGAUUGAGGUCGUUGAGAGUGUUGCUGGGAUUAGGCGGGAGGUCAGUACGAAUACGCUAGGGUCAAGUCUCGGUACGGGUGGUAUGGAGACCAAGCUAAUCGCAGCGGAAAUAGCAACUGCAGCGGGAGUAACAACAGUAAUCACAACAAGCCAAACCCCACAGAACGUAUUCAAAAUCAUAGACCGCGUCCUCCCGCGUCCGCCACACACGCUCUUCCUCGCUUCGCCUACACCGCUGCGCGAUUUGAAAGCGUGGACGAGAAAUACGCUGAAUCCGUCGGGGAGUGUGGUGGUUGAUGGGGGUGCGUAUGGGGUGUUGGCGAAGAGGGAGAGUGGGGGGCGGUUGUUGGCGGUUGGGGUGCUGGGUGUGGUUGGGGUGUUUGCGGCGGGGCAGGCUGUUAGGGUUGUUGUUUUGGCGGGGGGGAGGGGGGAAGAGGAGGGGGAGGGAGAGGAGAAGGAAAUCUGCGAGAGUGAUGUCAUUGAAGUUGGCCGUGGACUCGCGAAUUACAAUUCUGCGCAGAUUAUGGCUGUUAAAGGGUUGAAUAGGUUAGUCUCUGUGUGUUAUGGGAUGGAUUGCUGA